CUUUCUCGCAUCCUACUUUUUGUUGGGACCUGGGAGAGAAGUCUCGCGCAGGGGUCGUGCUCGUGAGGCGGAAUACGAGAGGAAGAAAGUAGAAGACAGAAAUGCUCCUAGUUGUUGUUUGGACGUGUAAAAUGCAAGCGGGCGAGCUUUUGCGGAUCAUUUAACGGAGGAGCUUCGGUGUCAUAGUGUGAUCCUCCCGGGCUCCCAGCAUGCUGAGUUUCCUGCGCAGGACACUGGGGCGACGCUCCAUCCGCAAACACGCGGAGAAAGCUCGGUUACGGGAGGCCCAGCGUGCCACCACACACAUCCCGGCUGCCGGGGAUGCAAAGUCCGUCAUCACUUGCCGCGUGUCCUUGUUGGACGGGACGGACGUCAGCGUCGACCUGCCGAAAAAAGCCAAAGGCGAGGAGCUGUUUGACCAGAUCAUGUACCAUCUUGACAUCGUAGAGAAAGACUACUUUGGACUGCGCUUCAUGGACUCUGCACAAGUUCCGCACUGGCUCGAUGUUACAAAAAGUAUUAAAAAGCAAGUGAAAAUUGGCCCGCCCUACUGCCUUCACUUGAGAGUUAAGUUCUACUCCUCCGAGCCAAACAACCUGCAUGAAGAACUCACCCGAUACCUUUUUGUGUUGCAGUUGAAACAAGAUAUCCUCAGUGGGAAGCUCGAAUGUCCGUUUGACACGGUGGUGGAGUUGGCUGCCUUCUCGCUCCAGGCUGAACUCGGGGAUUGUGACCCACUAGAACAUACCUUGGCCCUCGUGUCAGAAUUCCGGUUUAUCCCCAACCAGACAGAGGAUGUGGAGCUGGCUGUAUAUAACGCAUGGAAGGAGUGCAGGGGUCAAACACCUGCCCAGGCUGAAAUUAACUUCUUGAAUAAAGCAAAGUGGCUUGAAAUGUAUGGCGUCGACAUGCACAUGGUCAAGGCACGUGACGGUAACGAGUACAGUCUGGGUUUGACACCCACUGGAGUUUUGGUGUUUGAGGGAGAAACCAAGAUUGGCCUCUUUUUCUGGCCCAAGAUCACGCGUCUGGAUUUCAAAAAGAGUAAACUGACCCUUGUGGUGGUGGAAGACGACGACCAGGGCAAGGAGCAGGAGCACACCUUUGUCUUCAGAAUGGAUCACCCUAAGGCCUGCAAGCACCUCUGGAAGUGUGCGGUGGAACAUCACGCUUUCUUCCGGCUGAGGGGGCCCGUACAAAAGAACUCUGCACGCUCCGGCUUCAUUCGCAUGGGAUCACGCUUCAGAUACAGUGGAAACACGGAGUACCAGACAACAAAGUCCAAUAAAGCGCGGAGGUCGGCCUCCUUUGAGAGGAGGCCCAGUCGACGCUACUCCAGAAGAACGAUGCAGAACAGAGGACCCUUCCAUCCUCAGGAGGUUCUUUCGUCUGGCAAUGGAGUCAGCCCCGGCAAAGGCAACCAGGUCUCCUCCGGUAGAGGCGCCUGGUCAGGAGUGCCGGUCGUCAGCCUGGUGCCAGCCUCUGCCUGCGGCCCGCUGGAAAUAGAGCCUCUGCCCAGGAGUCCUGGAGGGGAAAAGAGAAGUUUGCCGGUGGCUGCUGACCUGAUUGAAACGUGCAUUGAUGAUGUCCUCAGGGCUUCUGUCAGUCCCACGGUGAAGGCUGGCGAUGAGGCAGGACCAAGUAUCGCUUUCGCCCCUGCCAGCGCCACCUGCGAAGACCUGCUCGCCCUUACUGAAACAGCAGCUCGCCUCAAGCAGUUGGAGUUGGAGAGCAGUCCACGUCUGUCCAACAACAAGGUCAACAUCAACAUGGUCAUGAAUAAUCAGGAGGACGUGGUGAAGCUGGCAGAGAAGUGUGGUCUGAACAGUGCAGGGAGUAGUCCUGUGGUCACGCCGCUACGCACCCCAGAUGACCUGAAAAGUAACAUCCUGAAAGCACAAUCUGAGGCCGCCACCUUCAAGGGAUGUUUGGAGGACCAUGUGCCAGUGAUUGCUGAAAAAAACUGCAAUUUGCAUGAAACAUCCUCCAGCAGUCGGCCUGAUGUAGCAGACACCUGGGACCUGUCCUCACUGGACCCUCCAGCAGGCACCACCAGUGCUGAGAGGUUAUGUGAAGAUUCAGCCCGCCCUCUACACAAGUUGACCUCGGAGUCCGUAGAAAGCGCCGCACUAAAGGUUAAAGUGGAAGAAGUUGAUGUUCCAUACUCGCCACUGCCCGAUAAUCUGAUUGACUUCAGUGAUCCAGUGCUUUUACCAGCAGUGCAGCAACCUAAAGUUCCCAUCACUCCUCGCUGGAUCAUUCCCACAGCUGCUCCUCCUGGUAUUUUUACUAACGGCCUGCUGCACCCUGACCCCCCUGCAGAAGGGGGGGGCUCUGUCCCCUCGGCCCCCCCUCACACCGCUCCCACAUUUAACACCAACUCAGUGAGCAUUACGGGUCCGCAGGAAGCCUCGGAGGCCGCAGCCACACCCACUGGUCUGCUGACUACUGAGCUCUGAUGCAACUAACAACCAGGACUGUAAGUAUGUUGACAUUUAGUUUGGAGUCCACGUUGACACUGGCAAGUGAUUACGGAUGGUCACGUGAUGCUGCAUUAAAAGACAUCCUGAUAGUCGGACUCAAAAGGCGACAUGGAUCAUAUUUUGUCAUGCAACACAUUCUGUGUGAAGAGAUGACAACUGGACUCUUUCAUACACGUAUUAAUGGUAUGCACAUUCUGACCAGCCAUUUUUUAUUUUUUUUUUAACUUUUUGACCCACUGGAUAUCAUUUUUGUCACUGGACCCUUUUACAUUGUUAUGGAUAUCGAUCACCCUAGCUGGUAUUUUUAUCAUCAUGCUUUUAUUUUUGAUAUUGUAUGUAAUCACGCUCUAAUGUUGCUGUUUUCUAACCAUACAUCAUUUGUGUCAGGACAGUCAACUUGUACAUUUAUUUUCUUCCCACUUGAAACUUUUUUUUUUUUUUUUAAUUCCCUUUACUUUUGUUUCCAAGUGGAAUGUGAUCGUGUUGCUCUGCAAAAUGUGAACUGUGCUCACAAGUGGAAUUAAUCCUGUUGUUAACGACCAACGUUCUUGCAUGGGAAUAUAGUAGCACUAAAAAUAAUGGCAACAUGAUCCCUGAUGUCUUCAUGCAUGACACAACAAUAUUUACAGUGUUACCUUGGCUUUGUCAGUAAUGUGCAAAAGCAAUUUGUCCCCUUAAUUUGUGUCAAUUCAAUGAAUUUGUAACACAAAUAUGAACACAAAACAGAAUAAUAAUUUUUAUUUUUUUUUUACUUCUACUCAUUGAUUCUUAAGAGAUUCAUAAUUUUUUAAGAAUGAGUACAAAAAGUAGUUAUUUAAGUUAUCUCCAUGCAACCAGAAGGAGCUUUUCUAACUGUAAUCUGUUUUGAAAACAUUUUUAAAUAAUUAUACCCAAUACUACAUUGCAAAAAUUGGUUUGAAUUAGGAGUGCACAAAAAAUGUAUUUACAUCCUAAUAAUAAAUUGUUUCAUAGAUUUAAAAAGUUAAGUUUUUUUUAUUAAGACUAUUAGGCCAUGUCCAUGCAAACAGGAGUUUUCCCCUAACCUGUUUUAAUAUUGUACAAAUAAUACUUUGUGAGAAUCAAGAAUUGUUAAAUCUAUCAGGAAUUGAAUCGUUAGGUACCUAAUAAUCACCACACCCCUAAUAAUUAUACUUUUACAUCCAAAUAACAGACUGAAUGAAUAUUUCACAUCACACUGACUUUUUUUUAAAGGUAAGAGAGCGAUGCAGACACCACUUUCUUACUUUGCUAUGAUUUCUGUCUCGAACUACAUAGUGUUUCUCAUCUUCUUUAUCAAAGUGCUGGCACUUGCAUCUUUCUUUGGCCCAUUGUGGAUUUGUUUGCUGCCAUACUCUUUUUUUUUUUUUUAAAGCAUCAAUUCAGUUAACACAUGGGAUUCUUUGCCAUUCACAAUUUUGCCACAAAAUGUUAGUGAAAUGAUCCGAGGUACCACUGUAGUAAAAUACUUACUAAAUAUUCCGGUGUCUAUUAAUUCCUUUGAAAUCCUACUAAAUGCUAAUCAUCAAACUACUCUGCCGCCCUCUUGUGGAAACAAUGCAUUCCAACCAUUAUUUUCCUUCAUGAAUAUCUCAAAUUGUUAUUUUGUACUUGUAAAUGAAAGUCUAAUUGUAUAUUUUCUACUUGAUUCUUUACUAGCCUGUGUAAUGUGAUCAGGUGCAGUUAUUUAUGUUAGCGCUCACGUACCACAUGUGUUGUAUAAAGCUUUUAGAUGGAAUUGGAAAUACUGCAUGACUUCUUGCAGUUUUGUCACCACAAUUAACGAGGACAUUAGUUCAGUUGAAGUCAUUAAAAAAAAGAUGUAGGCAACUUUUUCAAAACUGAUGUCUGAUAUUUUUAUGAUCAACCUUCAGUCUUGUUAGCGCUCACUUUUGGGGAAUGUACAAUUUUUAUGCUGAAGAGACCACAUCAAUAUUUUUUUGUUUAAUCAACUAUGAAACAAUGAGCAGUGUCAAUGAGAAGUAAAUAAAAGUCAUUCAGUUUCUUGUGUUGUUUU